UGUAGCUAAAUCGUCUAUCACUUUAAAUUUUCUCAGCUGUAUUUUUUUUUAGUUAUUGGCAGGUAAAAAAAAUUAAACAUGGGUAACAAAGUAAACCGUGCUCAUUUGGAGGGUGCCAAAAAAACUGGUUGCUUAAAUUUAUCCGAUUCAAAUAUGAAAGAGUUACCUCCUCAACUUAUAAGAAUGGCUGAUUGUCUAAGAAAUUUAGAUAUAUCCCAUAAUAAAUUAAAUAAAUUACCUUCAAAUAUGGAAACCUUUGUAACUUUAAAAAUUCUUAAUAUAUCUUUUUGUAAUUUAAAGGAAUUGCCAAAUUCAAUAAAUACACUUGUAAAACUUGAAAAUUUGAUUGCAAACAAUAAUGAUAUAGCACAAUUGCCAGACACAUUUGUAGCCUUAAAAAAUUUGAAAAAUUUAUCACUUAAUCUUAAUAAAUUUAAAAUGUUUCCACAACAAAUAUUAUCACUAGGCUCAUUAACUACUUUGGAUUUAUCUAACAAUCUAAUUGUAAAAUUACCGAAUGAAAUUGAAUUAAUACAAUGCAUUGAAAUAAAUCUCAACUAUAAUCAAUUGACUCAACUCCCUGAGGGUUUAUCAAAAUGCCCAAGAUUAAAAGUUAUAAGGUUAGAACAUAAUAGCCUUACACCCCACUCAAUCCCUCCUUCAAUAUUUAGAGACUCUACACUCUGUAUUAUUUCCUUAGAUGGUAACAAAUUUUUGCACAAAGAUCUACAAAAUUCACCUGGUUAUAGUGAGUACAUGGAAAGGUAUACACUAAACAAGAAGAAAUACGAAUACUGAAGAUUUCCUCAAGAAACAAAAUCAUUAUUGGGUUUUUUAUAUUCGAGUUUAUAGCUAGCUUUUCCCUUUAUUUCCGUUAUUUAUUUCUGUAAAUAUUUAUUUUGCGCAAAAGAAAAAUCGCUCUAUAAUUUUUAAUAAAUUAUUAUAACGAAAUAAAAACAU